UUCCUGAAAAGAAGAGGCAGAGAGGGAUUUCGUCCUUCCCCCCCGCUUUCCCACUGCUUCAAUUCAAUUCAAUUCAAUUUCUUCAAGUUCUGCAGAAAUGACAUUUCUCACGUUGCUACUUCUUCUGCUCACUUCAACCGCCACCUCCUAUACACCUUCUUCCACACCAUCUUCUUCUCCACAGUCUUCCGAGUGGUUAUCCGCCCGGGCCACCUACUAUGCCGCGGCCGAUCCCCGUGACAUAGUGGGCGGUGCCUGCGGCUACGGUGACCUUGUCAAGGCGGGAUAUGGCGUGACCACCGUGGGUUUGAGCGAGACUCUCUUCGCUCGCGGGCAGAUCUGUGGUGCCUGCUUCGAGCUCCGCUGCGUUGAUGACGUCCGCUGGUGCAUCCCUGGAACUUCUGUCAUUGUCACUGCUACUAACUUCUGCCCUCCAAAUUAUGGUUUCACCCCUGAUGGUGGAGGCCGCUGUAAUCCUCCGAAUAAGCACUUCGUGCUCCCCAUUGAGGCGUUUGAGAGGAUCGCCAUUUGGAAAGCUGGCAAUAUGCCAGUCCAGUAUCGGAGGAUAAAGUGCAGAAAAGAAGGAGGUAUUCGAUUUACAAUUGAUGGUUCGGGCAUUUUCAUUUCUGUUCUUAUCAGCAAUGUUGCUGGUGCUGGAGAUAUUGUUGCUGUGAAAAUAAAGGGUUCAAAAACUGGUUGGCUGCCAAUGGGUCGAAAUUGGGGACAGAAUUGGCAUAUCAAUGCUGAUUUAAGGAAUCAACCACUUUCGUUCGAAGUCACCACUAGUGAUGGCUUGACAGUUACAUCUUACAGUGUUGCUUCUAAAAAUUGGAACUUUGGACAGACUUUUCAAGGAAAGCAAUUCGUAACAUAAGGUUGUUUUCUUAGAAGGACCAUUCCUUUUGUUGCUUUUCCAAUGGGAUGGCUUGUGGACUGAGGUGAAGGUAACUAGUAAGAAGAUUCUUAUGUAUAAUGGUGUGCAUAGCUUUUGUUGUGACUUAAUAGUGCGAGAUAGAAGCCAAGGCCCAAGGGGUUUUGGUUCAGUAGGUAAAGUGACCUUAGAGUAUUCGAAUAAAAAAGACAAAGGAAUAAUAAAUUAUGUGAUCUGGUAAUAGAGUGAUUUGUAUUUUUAGUCAUUAAAAUUCAAUCUUGAAUUUUUAUGUAUUAAGAAAAAAUCAAAAAGAAA